AAUUCUUAUAAUCCAUCAUCAUUCAUCAUGGAAAGACCAUCCAUUGACUUAGACUCAGAAUCACCUAAGAAAAAAUCAAGAAUGUCAGAGACUACUACUGAUCAGUUUCCAAAAGCUACACUUUAUAUUUUUAAAACUUCGAUUUGGUCUUCGGUUCCUUUACUUGGUUUAAUUGAAAAAGGUUAUAAUGAAAAUGAAUAUAAUCUUAAAGAAGUGGAUUUAUUCAAAGGAGAGAAUUUUUGUCCAGAGUUUCUUAGAUUGAAUCCAAAGGGAACAGUUCCAUUACUUGUUGUACCAGUGAUCAAUCCAGAACCAGAUCAUCCACAAAGGUUUAAAUCCAUCACUGAUUCAGAAAGGAUUUUAGACUUUUUAGAUUUAUCAAGAAAACCACAAAACACACAUCAUUCGAAUGAAAACCCAGCACCGACCUUAACACCUGCGAUCAUCAGUACUAAAUUUGAUGCAGAUCGGUUGAUUAAUUUGAUUCAAGAUGGAUCAGUUGAUUUGAAUUUUUUAAAAUUAGGUUCUUUAAUUCAAUUCACUCAUGUGGAUUUUGGAAAUGAUGAAACUGUUAAGAUGAAAGAGUUUUUUGAGAAUAGGAUUAGAGCUCUUGAAACUUUUAUGGAAAUUAAUCCUACUGCUACUAAUUCUAUGAAAGCUUUUUGGAAAGACCGAUUGAAAGCUGAUCAAAUCACGUUGAGUAUCCUCGCUUCAAAUGCUACUGAAGAAGCUGAACAAGAUUUUCUUAAUCGGGCUCGGAAGAUCUGGAGGAACUGUGUGGUGAUGUUAACGAGAAUUGCUCAAUCUAUCUCGAGCAAUAAGGGCGAUUAUAUUUUAGGAGAACAAAUCUCCUUGGUUGAUUUACAUGCAGGAGCAUGGAUCGUCCGGCUUUUCUAUAUACUUGGUUUUACGGGAAAACCAUCAUUAUCAUUUAAAUCAGAUUCAGGAACUGAAGUUUAUCAAAGACUUGUUAAGAUGCUUCAAGCGGUUAAUAGUUCUGAAAUUGAUGAAGAAGAGGUGAGGGAUGUUUGUGAUGGGAUUAUCAAGUAUUGGAACACCUUGAGUGUUCGUGAAAGUUUUAAAAAGGUUUAUGUUCAAGGGUUUCAUUAAAUGGACACUUCUAUAAAUCUUCACAUUUGUUGAAGUGGUAUUUUUUGAUCAAAGUGUUUGUUUGUAACAAAAUUCAAAGAACUCUUUCCAUCAUGUAGCUUUUUUAAAUUUUGAUAAUAUUAUUUCGAGUGUAUAAGUUCACAUU